CGCCUCCCGCCGCUGCCCCGGCCGUACCCGCGGAGAGCCCGCGCCCGGCCGGGAUGGCCGCGGUUUCCUCGGGGAUGGCGUAGCGGCUGCUCCCGCCGGGCCCAGCGCUUCCUGCGCCGCCCUCAGCCCCGCUCAGACCGGUCAUGGCGCGGCCCGAGGCCGGUUAUGAAGCGGCGGUGCCGCCCCGCCCCGCCUGCACCUACACCAGCUGCUACUGCGAAGAAAAUGUUUGGAAGCUUUGUGACUACAUCAGGAGUCAGGAUCGGUACCCUUUAGAAGAAUUUUACGCUGUUUUCAUAUCCAAUGAUAAGAGGAUGAUUCCACUCUGGAAGCAGAAAUCUGGACAUGGAGAUGAGCCUGUUGUCUGGGACUACCAUGUUAUUCUGCUUCAUCUUUGCAGCGGGGAGCAGAGCUUCAUUUAUGACCUGGACACAGUGUUGCCCUUUCCCUGUCCUUUCCAUGUGUACAGUGUGGAGGCCUUCAGGUUGGAUGACAGCCUUCGGCCAGAGUUUCACAGGAAAAUCAGAAUGGUUCGAGCAGAUUUGUACUUGAAGACAUUUGCUUCAGACAGAUCUCACAUGAAGGAUGCAAAUGGAAAAUGGCAGAAACCUCCUCCUCCAUAUCCUUGCAUUGAAACUGCAGCACACAGAUCCCAUUCUGGCAAAGCAGUGUUGGCAGGAGGAAGUUUUCACUCUGCUCAGUGUGGUGGGUUUGCCUGCAUGAAAUGUUUGAAGUUUCUGUACCAGGUGAGGGGACCCCAGGAUAUUUUAAGUCACUGGCAAGUUCUUCCUAAGCCUUGAGCCUCUUUUGACUGUGCCGGGAUGCCAGGUGCCCACCAGAGUUGCUCAGUCACUCUCACCCACAGCUGUACAGAGGAGAGAAAAUGCAAUGAAAACUCGUGAGUUAAGGAUGGAGAGAGAUCACUCACCAGUAACUGUCAUAGGCAAAACAGACUCAACUUAGGGAAAUUAGUUCAAUUUAUUACCAAUCAAAAUCAGAGCAGGAUAAUGAGGAUCAAAACAAGUCCUAAAAACACCUUUACUCCGCCCCCUCUCUUUCCCAGUCUUAGCUUUAUUCCCAAUUCUCUACCUCCUCCCCCCCUCUGUGGGGAAUGGGGAUCACAGUUCAUCACAGGUUGUUUCUGCUGCUGCUCAGGGACAGGAGUCCUUCCCUUGCUCCAGUGUGGGGCUCCUCUCAUGCAGUCCUUCAUGAACUUCUCCAAUGUGAGUCCAUCCCAUGGGCUGCAGAUCUUCAUGAACUGCUCCAGUGUGGCUCCCUUUCCACAGGGUGCAGUCCUUCAGGAUCAGGCUGUUCCUGCAUGGAUCCCCCACGGGGUCACAAGCCCUGCCACCAAACCUGCUCCAGGAUGGGCUUCCCACAGGGUCACAGCCUCCUUUCAGGCAUCCACCUGCUCCAGCCUGAGGCUCCUCCCAGUGCUGCAGGGGCACAGCUGCCUCAGCAUCAUCUUCACCGUGGGCUGCAGGGGAAUACCUGCUCUGGUGCCUGGAGCACCUCCUGCCCCUGAUCCUUCACUGACCUUGGUGUCUGCAGAGGUGUUUCACCCACAUAUUCUCACUCUUCUCUGGCCACAAUUGCUUCUGUGCAGUAGCCUUUUUUAAGUUUCUUAAAGGAAGAGGUACUACAACAGUCACUGAUGGGUUCAGCCUUUGCCAGAGGUGGGUCCAUCCUGGAGCUGGCUGGCACUGGCUCUGUUGGACAUGGGGGAAGCUUCUGGAGGAGCCAGCCCUACAAUCCUCCCUGCUACCAAAAACUCUUGGAAUUGAAUUGAGCAAUCUUGAUCAUAAACAAAUUAAGCAUUUUUCUCCUACUAGUAACUCAAAGGGAAUAAAUCUUAAACUGUAUUUGUCCUGCUCAUAGGGUUGCAAAAUAAAUCAUCAAAAAUAA